GGGCCGCCGGGACGGCGGCAUGGCCCCAUAGGCGGAGGCGGCGGCGGCGCUGGGGCUGCGCUCGCGCUCGGCCGCGCAGAAUUAUGGAUCCAAGCUUGCUCAGAGAGCGAGAGCUAUUCAAAAAGCGUGCGCUCUCUACACCAGCAGUAGAAAAACGUCCAGCACCAUCUUCCGACUCCUCGUCUUCCAAGAAGAAGAAAACAAAGGUAGAACAAGGCAGCUCGUCAAGCUCAAAACAAAACACAGAUCACAGCAAUGGGUCAUUUAACUUGAAAGCCCUUUCAGGAGGCUCUGGCUACAAGUUUGGAGUCCUUGCUAAAAUAGUGAAUUAUAUGAAGACUCGGCACCAGCGUGGUGAUACACAUCCGUUAACCCUAGAGGAAAUUUUGGAUGAAACGCAACAUUUAGAUAUUGGACUGAAACAGAAACAAUGGUUGAUGAGUGAGGCUCUAGUCAAUAAUCCGAAAAUAGAAGUUAUAGAUGGGAAGUAUGCUUUCAAACCCAAGUACAACUUGAAAGAUAAAAAGGCUCUUCUCAGGCUAUUGGACAAGCAUGACCAGCGAGGGCUGGGAGGAAUCCUUCUGGAAGAUAUUGAGGAAGGGCUACCCAAUGCACAAAAAGCCAUAAAGGCUUUAGGGGACCAGAUCAUCUUUGUUAAUCGUCCUGAUAAGAAGAAAAUUCUUUUCUACAAUGACAAGAGCUGUCAGUUUACUGUGGAUGAAGAAUUUCAGAAGCUGUGGAGAAGCAUUCCCGUGGAUUCUAUGGAUGAGGAGAAAAUUGAAGAGUAUCUGAAACGACAGGGUAUCUCUUCCAUGCAAGAAGCUGGACCAAAGAAAAUAGCUCCUGUUCAGAGGAGAAAGAAACCUGCUUCUCAGAAGAAACGUCGAUUUAAGACUCACAACGACCACUUGGCUGGAGUAUUAAAAGAUUACUCUGAUGUUGUUCCUGGCAAACAGUGACUGGCUGAAUUCUGGAGCAAACACGCGUUUUUAUACAGGCUUUUUGCCGCUCAGGCUCAGUGUCUGCUCGCAGAAAGAAUGACUGUAUAUAGUAAUGUGAUAUUUUUCCCCAUCCCAGCAACUGCUGAGAUAAAACAGGUCAGUUUAAGAGCAAGUAUGAACUACUAAAUUUAGAGUUUAAUUUAAUUAGCUAAUGGGAAAUGCCUCUUUAAGUAAGAGACUCUCACUAGUUGCCUCUUGGUUUAGAGUGAUAAAUGGUGCUCAGCAUGUAAUGCCAGAGUUCCUGUUCAGUGCUUAACUCUGCUUUUACAUUGCUUAAUGGGUAUUUACCUGGAAUUACUUAAGAGGAGCUUUCUGGUAGUAUUGAAUACAUUUGUUUUGCCUAUUUCAGAAAAAACUAUUCCUAAAAAUCACUGCAGGUGAGUUGCUUUCAGAGAGUUAAAUACACCCACUGUUUGCAUAUUCCUACCUAUGGUGGGAUUAAGCUUUACUAAAAGUUGGUGAUAUCUGAGGCUGGACUCAGAAAUACCCCUCUCCAGAACUCCCAGCAAGCUGCAGGGUAGCACUGCAGCUGCAUAAAGAGCAUCAGAAACUGCCCUUGGCAAUUUCUCAUCACGGAAGUGGCUGCACAUAUGUUUCACAGUUAUGCGCUAUGGACAGGAAGGAAAUAAAAUGGUAGUGUAAUACUAAGGCGAUUUUUUUUAAGUAAUAAACUUAUAAUACUGG